AUGUUUUGACCUAAUGCAUAACAGCAUGAGUUAAAUUCAAGGCUGCCUAAACUUUAAAACCUGUUACGGACACACUGACUAAAUCUUUUUUGUAGUUACAGGGGUUUUCUGAAGGCUUAUAUACAUUUUUACAGAAUGUGUCUCACAAGAAUUUAACUUUAAAGAUGAAAGAAUACCAAUAUCAACCUCCUGACAACAUGAUUUAAUACUGCAUAACUGAAUGUUGGGGGGGUUUUGUUAAUGCUGCAGUGAGUAAUGUUUCCCUCUAACCUCUCCAUCUUGUUGUGCUGGAUGUCAAGAUAACAUAUAUUUUUUUAGUCUUGCUGUGCUAUUGUACUUUUUCAGGAGUUUGCUGGCUGUCACUGCAUAGUUUGAUGCUCUCUGAAAGCCAAGCACAAUAUCAUGACUUAGUCCCAAACCUGCCAGCAGCAGAACGUUAUCUGUGUAAAUUGUACCCAGUGGUCUUCAGGAAUAACUCUUUAAACACAGUUGCUUCUUCUGGAGGCUUGUCUAGUUUUAGAGUCUUCUGGGAGUUUUUUAAGGGCGUUUUUGGGAGUCUCUGUCUUUUUGUGACUUUCUCUAACUUUUUUCAGAGAGCUCACAAGUGACUGUGAGGAGAUCAGUAUGCCAUUCUUCAUUCCUUUUGACCAGGCAGACUAGUCCUGUAGUAUAUUUAGUACUUGCAAAUCCAAUAUUUUCUUUCCACCUAAACAGUAAACCAGAAAUGAUAAUUUGCAGGUGCUGAAGUGCUGUACCAAUAUGUUGAGGUAUGGGAGGAAGAGGAACCUGACAGAUCUUGCACCUUUUGAUAGAUUCACACUGUUAAGGCAUAACACCAGAAUGAAAGACAUGGACAAUUUCAAGACUGCAAAGAAAGAAUGGAUGUGUAAAUCAGGAACUGAUGAUCAGAUUUUGAAUGGUAGAGACCAAAACUGUGACUACUUUGUAGAUAACCUUUUUGAAGAAGCUCAGAACGUUGGUGCUAUGUGUAUGCCCCCAACUACAGUCAAGAACCAGGUAGAUGUAAUAAUUAAACUUUGGAAAAAUGGAUUUACAGUAAGUGACGGUGAACUUAGGAGCUACACUGAUGUUGCAAACCAGCAGUUCUUGGACUCCAUUAAAAAAGGGGAACUGCCUUUUGAGCUACUAAAAGUUUUUGAUAAGGAGGAAGUGGUCGUGAAAGUGGAAGAUAAAAAAGAUAAGGUGUGUUUGUCAUCAAAAAAGCCAGUAUUUCAUCCCUUCUCUGGACAUGGCUACAGAUUAGGAAGUGCUACUCCAAGGAUAAUCUCUAAAGUAAGAGAUGAUCAUCAAGGACCUGACAACAGACGACUCCUCCCAUUAGUACCCUUAAACGAUUUGGAGCCUAUCACUAACAUCAAGAUCUGGUUAGCUAAUGGGGAAAGGAUAAUUCAGAAAUUCAAUGUUUCUCACAGAAUAAGCGACAUAAGAGACUUCAUAACCAAGUAUCAGGGAUCAGAGGGAAGUGUUCCUUUCACACUGACUACUUCUCUGCCGUUUCAAGAGCUGCAAGAUGAGACACUCACAGUAGAGGAAGCAAAGUUGCAAAAUGCUGUUGUUGUUCAGAAACUUCAGAAAACAACCGAACCUUUCAGACCCUUAGUGAAAAAAGCACCUGACAAUGCCUAUGAAACUGUUGCUACACCUAAUGGACAGCUCAAGAAUGAGAAAAAACCCACCAUCAAAAGUACACGAUCAAAUUAGCUUUUCACUGGUCAAAAACUACAUACAGAUGGAACUAGACAAAACCAAAAAUGUAACCAGCAAUACCAGGAUGCACUCUCAUCCUCACGUACUGUGCUCUUAGAGAGCAAAAUGUGUGCUGUGCUAUAAUCUGCUGUAAUACAAUUCUUCAACUAAAUUUGAUGUUCAGAGCCUGGCUGUAGAAUGUAUCAGGGGUAACUGCACAACAGGUCAUCCUUAGAAUUCCCUUAGCUAGGAAGUUCAGUUCUUCGAGUGCAUUUACAUGGAACAGUUCUCUGAGACUUAAUUACUACUGAUAGCACCUUUUAAGGUAAACUUUUAAGGUAAACUAGUAUUUAUUUUUGCACUUUAGGUGAAAGUGAAGCUGAACUGAUUGGUUUUACUUACAUUUCAGUGUAAGCUGCUGCAGUUCACAUUCUUCUCACAUUUGAACUCUUAACUAACUUGAAAGUCUGCAAUAUCAGUAUCUUCAGAAUUUAACUUUUUUCACAAUCUGCAGUGCAGUGUUCUAUCUAGUCUUCACAUGGUGGAGGUGUGUGUGUGAGAAGAUGAAAAUGAGGUAGUCUGGUGCAUGCUGCAUGUGAAGUGCCUCAGUAGGCUCUGAAGGAAUGUUACUACCAAUGGUUGAAGUGGUUUCUGCCUCUUUUAUGCUGCUACAGGUAUCUUACAUGGUGAUGUUAGCUCGUCAGGAUAGGCAUCCACUGUUAGCCUUGUCACACAAACUUCAGCUUUUCUGGAAGUUACAAUACAGGAAUAGGGGCUUAGAGGGACACAGUUAUUUGUGUACUAUGUAUCUGACUCUGUCCUGACCUUGCUAGCUCAUUGAGACACUAAUUGCAUGUGGCCACGUUUCAAAGAUGUUGAAAACCCUGAUUUGAAAACUGAAGUUUCUUCCUCCAUUUCCAUCCAAAUCUUUUACUUUGCUGUUCACUUACUUGAGGCAUGCAAUUUGUAGCAAACUAUUCCACGUUUUGUUAAAGGAGAAAUCUACAUAAAGACUAAAUAUUUUCUACUAUUUUCUAAGCAGCAUGUGAGUUUGUGCAUAGAGCUAGAGUCUCCAGGAAAGACUUAUCCUGGGGCCUUCAGUGAGUGCUGACUAGUUUGUGCUACCUACACAAAUGGGAUCUUGUUACAGCUGUACUUUGGCAUGGUUAAAAGAAAAAAUGGGUUUGGGAUUUCCUAGUUUUGUCCUAAAUAGAAAAUGACUUAAUUGGAGCAACUUGAAUUCCAUCUAAAAGUUGUGUUACUUCAAACUAGGGAUUAUCUUACUUCAUUCCCAAGGAUAAAUGACUGUUUUGCUUCAGCAUCUCUCCUGGUAUAUUUGAGGGCAGUGAAAUGAAGGUCAGCUGCACAAAUAGUAAUUCAGUGUAUUCAGAAAGCAAAUCUCUGAAAACUAUAUAGUUAACUGUUCAGUGCUAUAAAUGUGAUGUGCUACUAUGUCAUUCAGGUUUAUGUAGUGAAUAAUGAAACUAAAUUUUCCUUGCUCUUGAACUCACUCCUCUGCUAUACGAAAAGCCCACCAGAUCUUUAAUAGUAGGAAGAAAUUUGCAGACAAAUCCACUAGUAAAACUGAAGAGGCAAAUCACCUGCAGGUACAGAUCCAACCCUCAAGAGCUUCUUGAACAGUGAAGUUUAUUAGUCAGUGCUUUUGAAUUUGUCUUAAUGUAAAGCUAAGUAGUAGGAAACCACACAUGGUUGAUUGUAAACUCAAUUGUUCUUAUCUAAAAGGUGCAUCAAAUGUCAAAGUAGCCAUAUACUAUUCCUGCAUUUGCAACAUGGGAAUUCAAGGCAAAAAUUAGUGUAAGACUGACUGAAAUUGAAGGGGAGGUGGAUAAUUUUUGCUCAUUACCAAAAGGGCAUGUUUUUGGAAAGGAGUAGUAAGUAUUUGGUAUUUCUGUGUUGGUUCACAUUGGCUACCAGUAUUUAAAGAGACUGGAUAGCUUGUUUCUGUCUGGCUGAAUAUUGUGGUUUACUGAAAUCAACUGUUUCUUGGCUACAGCUUUGGUGUUCUUGACACUUUCAAGCUGCAAAUACACACUCAUGACCUUAAUUACAAAAGGAGAGCAAAUAUUCAAAUGUCAAGAGUGAUACUGACUCACUAAUCCUAUAAAAAGGCAGCAAAGUGUGAUUGGAUGAUUUAUUUCCUAAUUUGGGGAAAACCUUCGGAAUUAAUACAGGGCUUUCCUAAAUCUAAUUGGGUUUGGUCCAUUUUAUAAAGACUGAUGAAGCUACCUGCAGUGUCUGAACAGCCUAAUUUCUUGCUCAGCACUGUAGAGAUCUGUUUUGCAUUGGUCAAGCAACAGUAAAACUGGCUUAACCAAUGCUUGAGUUUGUGAAACACACAAAUGCUAUCAGUCAUUAAUUGUUUCUUCACAGGCCUUUGCUGUUGUGAGCAAGGCCUGUGUGUUAGCAUAACUUACAGCAAAAUUGAAGUAACCUAGAAAGAACAAAUAAAUGUUUUCUGUAUUUU